AGAAGAAAAACAAAGACACCAAGUGAUCGCCGAGAGACAGACAUAUUUAUAUCAAAUUAAGAAAGAAGAUUAUACAUAAUGGGUGACGAAAUGAUCAUCAGCAACAAGCAGGUGGUAUUGAAGAACUACGUAACUGGGUUUCCACAAGAAUCUGAUAUGGAAAUUAUCACUUCUUCGAUAAACCUCAGUGUUCCUGAAGCCACUAAGGAUGCACUUCUGGUGAAGAAUCUUUACUUGUCGUGUGAUCCUUAUAUGCGUGGCUGCAUGACCAACCUCGUCGGCCCUUCCAUUGUUUCUUCUUUCCAGCCAGGAAAGCCUCUUACUGGAUUUGGAGUGAUGAAAGUUGCGGAUUCUACACACCCAAAUUACAAUAAAGGAGACUUGGCAUGGGGUUUUACCAAAUGGGAAGAGCAUAGUCUCAUAGUAUCACCACAGCUUUUAUUUAAAAUUCAACAUACUGAUCUUCCUCUUUCUUACUACACUGGAAUUCUAGGGGUUGCAGGUAUCACAGCCUACGCUGGUUUCUAUGAGGUUUGCUCUCCAAAGAAAGGAGAGUAUGUGUAUGUAUCAGCAGCAUGUGGUGCAAUUGGUCAGAUAGUUGGCCAACUCGCUAAAUUAAUGGGUUGCCAUGUUGUUGGAAGUGCUGGAUCAAAUCAAAAGGUUGAUCUGCUAAAGGACAAGUUGGGAUUCGAUGAGGCUUUCAACUAUAAGGAAGAACAAGACUUAGAUGCAGCUCUUAAAAGGUAUUUUCCUCAAGGCAUAGACAUUUACUUCGACAGCGUCGGAGGAAAAAUGCUUGAUGCGGUGCUCCUGAACAUGAGGAUCCGAGGUCGCAUUGCUGCCUGUGGAAUGAUCUCUCAGUACAACCUUGACAAGCCUGAAGGCGUCCAUAACUUGAUGUCUAUUAUCGGAAAACGAGUCCGUGUGGAAGGAUUUGUGACUGGUGAUUUCUAUCACCUUUAUCCGAAGUUUCUGGAACUGGUUGUUCCUUAUAUCAGACAAAACAAGAUUAUAUACGUUGAAGAUGUAGGUGAAGGACUUGAGAGUGGUCCGAUAUCUCUCAUCGGAUUAUUCACCGGCCGGAAUAUUGGAAAACAAUUGGUGAUAGUUGCACGUGAAUGAUAUGAUUAUAGCCCUGUUGAUGGUGGGGUUUAUAUGACAGUGUAUUUUAUGGCAGUUGAAUUAUUGUAAUAUAAUCAUUUUAUUAUU